AUGGCUGAGCCUGCGGCUAAGAAGCAGAAGAUCGAGGAGGAGGCGACCGAAGCCGCGCCCGAAAAGGCCGACGAGCCCGAAGUGGAGCAGGAGAAAGAUGCCGUGGACUCCAAGGGUGUCAAGCUGAAGGAGAAGGUUACGUUUCUCACGGCAGACACCACUUUGAACGUCGUCGUGUCAUCCAACAGCAAUUUGCUCCUGCCCCUGUCGGACGGCGGGAUCCGUCACCUUCUAGCAGGUGCCAGAACCAACGUCGGGCUCAAAAGCGGUCGCUACAUGUUCGAGGCCAAGAUGGUGGAGCAGGUUGCCAGGGCCGACGAGGGCAACAAGCCGCAGCCCAA